GUAUCGCGCAUGUGCGGACAUUGCCAAUUGUUCGCGAGUCUCGUCACAAGUAGAGUCUGGAGAUAAAUAACUUUUUCCGCUCGUCGAGCACGCAGGGACAAAGGUAGAACAGGAGAGGGAGAAUUCAUUGGAUUUCUUGGUAGAAAACUGUUUUUCCGUGUGCUGAGGGCCGGCGGCCGAGUGAUGCACGCAUAUGUCUAGGCUCGGAGGAACUCAGGUUCUGGCCACAGUACAGGUGAAGAGAACGGCCGCUGAUCACGCAGCGGUGGUAAACUUCGGUGCUGCAAAGCGCAGCAAGCUGUCCGCCGUUGCGGUCACGGAGAUCAACGAGAUCGAAAACAUGACGGAUACGGCCGCGGCCACCACUGAUACUCAGAAGAGAGCCAAUUUCUCGGCAUUGACCAUCGGCAAUCCGAACGGCGUCAACAAGAUAUCAUCGAGUUUGGCGAGUGCGAAACCAGGCACAGCUAGAAAGCUCGUCAUCAAAAACUUCAAAAAUAAACCAAAAUUACCAGAAAAUUAUCAGGAGCAAACAUGGGAGAAAUUGCAAGAGGCUGUAAUCGCGAUACAAACCAGCAAGAGUAUCCGUUAUUCAUUAGAAGAACUUUAUCAGGCAGUUGAAAAUAUGUGUAAUCAUAAAAUGGCAUCCACGUUAUACACAAAACUCACAAGGUUAACAGAAGCCCAUGUCCAGGCUAACAUAGAACAGUUCUUAGCAGAAUCCAUGGACAGGCAUAUAUUCUUGAAAAAAAUGAACGAAUGCUGGCAGUCGCAUUGUAGACAAAUGAUUAUGAUUAGGAGUAUUUUUCUAUACCUGGAUAGGACAUAUGUAUUACAAAAUCCAAGUAUUUUAUCCAUAUGGGAUAUGGGAUUGCACUUGUUUAGAGUAUAUAUUGUUCUAAACAAUUUAGUUCAAACACGUACAGUAGAAGGACUACUUAUGCUCAUAGAAAAAGAGCGGCAAGGCGACACAGUAGACAGAACGCUUCUUAAAUCAUUAUUACGGAUGUUAUCAGAUUUACAAAUUUACCAAGAUGCCUUUGAAACUAAAUUUCUGGUAGCCACGGAAAGACUGUAUGCUGCUGAAGGUCAGCGAUUGAUGAACGAACACGAUGUUCCUGAGUACUUAGCACACGUGGACAAACGGUUACAGGAAGAAAAUGAACGAUUGUUACACUACCUUGACGCAUCUACAAAGUGGUCACUAAUACACACAGUAGAAAAACAAUUACUGUCGGAACAUAUUAGCAGCAUUUUACAGAAAGGAUUAAGUGGUCUAUUGGAUGAAAAUAGAAUUAGUGAUUUAUCUUUACUUUAUAAUUUAUAUAGUCGAGUGAAAAAUGGCCUUGUAGAACUUUGUUUGAAUUUUAAUUCGUAUAUAAAGAAAAAAGGUAAAACCAUAGUCAUAGAUCCAGAAAAAGAUAAGACUAUGGUUCAGGAGCUUCUAGAUUUCAAAGACAAAAUGGACAAUAUAGUUAAUACGUGUUUUCAUAGAAAUGAAAAGUUUGCAAAUAGUUUAAAAGAAGCUUUUGAAGCUUUUAUUAAUCAACGAGCAAAUAAACCAGCUGAAUUAAUAGCAAAGUUUGUCGACUGCAAAUUAAGAGCAGGUAACAAAGAAGCGACAGAAGAAGAAUUAGAGAGAUUAUUAGAUAAAAUUAUGGUACUGUUUAGAUUUAUACAUGGAAAAGAUGUAUUUGAAGCUUUUUAUAAAAAAGAUUUGGCCAAACGUUUAUUAGUGGGUAAAUCGGCUUCCGUUGACUCUGAAAAAUCCAUGUUAUCCAAAUUAAAACAAGAAUGUGGAGGUGGAUUCACCAGUAAAUUAGAAGGAAUGUUUAAAGAUAUGGAACUCAGCAAAGAUAUUAAUAUUGCUUUUAAACAAUACGCAGGAAAUCUACAAAAUGAAUUGUCUGCUAGUAAUUUGGAUUUAACUGUUUCAAUACUUACAAUGGGUUACUGGCCAACAUAUCCUGUAAUGGAAGUAACAUUACCACCAGAAAUGGUUCAGUACCAAGAUGUAUUUAAUAAAUUUUAUUUGGGAAAGCACAGUGGUAGGAAAUUGCAAUGGCAACCUACACUGGGUCAUUGUGUAUUGAAAGCUUGGUUUAAUCAGGGUAACAAGGAGCUUCAAGUGUCGUUGUUUCAAGCAUUGGUGUUAAUUAUGUUUAACGAUUCUGACAAUUUAUCUUUGGAAGAUAUAAAGGCAGCAACAAAUAUAGAAGACGGCGAACUUAGGAGAACUUUACAGUCUUUGGCUUGUGGGAAAGCUAGAGUAUUGCAAAAAAAUCCACGGGGAAGGGAUGUUGCAGACAAUGAUAGAUUUGUGUUUAACGCAGACUUUACAAACAAGUUGUUUAGAAUUAAAAUAAAUCAAAUUCAAAUGAAAGAAACGAACGAAGAACAGAAAGCUACGGAAGAGAGAGUCUAUCAAGAUAGACAGUACCAAAUAGAUGCAGCUAUUGUAAGAAUUAUGAAAAUGAGGAAAACACUCACGCACAAUCUGUUGAUUAGCGAACUAUACAAUCAAUUAAAGUUCCCCGUAAAGCCUGCUGAUUUAAAAAAGAGAAUUGAAUCUCUUAUAGAUAGGGAUUACAUGGAGCGAGAUAAAGAUAAUGCAAACGAGUAUAACUAUGUUGCGUAACCUGAACCAAACGUCGAAGUCAUUUCAGACUGGGUUGAUGCUAUGU